CAUUUUUCUAGGGUACCGCAUAAUUUUCCUAUAAUAUAUAUAUUAAUAGAUUUGGGAAGAUUUUGGAGAUGAAAGUUUGGAUGAUGAGAGACCCAACUCACGUCAACCGAUAAGGCUCCAUUCUGUCGUUCUAGUAUAUUGUCAAUCAAGCUCCGAACUGUAACGACAAUCAAGACUUUCUCUUCUUCGAAUACUUCUUUCUCUAUUUUCUGAAACAAUUUCGAACACAGCUGGUUUAAAAAACUUUGCUCAACCAUGGAUACGAAUUCCAUACCGACACUCAAGAUUGCUUUCUUCCUGUCCCUAAUUCUUAAGAUGGAUUUCUCAUAUGGUGUCGAUUCCAUCUCUACAGAUGAUGUACUCUCUGGUCAAUCUACCAUUAUCUCUGCAAGCAGAGUAUUUGAAAUGGGAUUCUUUCGACCAGGUACAGCUCCAAACUAUUAUGUAGGCAUAUGGCACUUGGAAGAUACUUCUCGUAGGGCAGUUUGGGUGGCAAACAGAGAAAAACCAGUCUCACUUGCGUCAGAGCUAAGAAUCACAGAUGGAAAUUUGGUUCUUUAUGAUGAGUUAAAACAACAAGUUUGGUCCACGAAUGUGAGCUCUAGCAGUACUACCUCCCGCUCUGUACAAGCGGUUCUUUUAGAUUCUGGAAAUCUUGUCUUAAACGACAAAUCUAGUAGUCCAUCAAUACCGUUAUGGGAAAGUUUUGAGUUUCCUAGUCACGCAUGGUUACCUGGUGCCAAAAUAGGGUACAACAAAACCAGCAAAAUCGGGCAGAUUCUAACUUCAUGGAAAAACUCGGAGGACCCUGCCCCAGGGCUGUUCUCUAUUCGGCUACACCAUGCUGACAACUCUGUUCGUAUGCAAUGGAGCAGGACUAAACUCUACUGGAAUAGUGGACCUUGGGAUGCACAUGAAUUUAAAAGUGGGAAUCCUAAGAUGAAGAUCAUCAAUGGCAACUAUUUCUACUUUGUGUCGAACGAAAACGACAGCUACAUCAAUUAUACAGUGACAAACACUUCUACAUCGAUAACUCACUUUGAAAUGGAUGUUACAGGGCAGCUUACUCAGGUGACUUUGCGGCCUAAUAAUGGAUGGAGUGUGGUUUGGUCGAUUCCAAGCCAACGAUGCGAUGUUUAUAGCCUUUGCGGGGCUUAUGCCAAUUGUAAGAGUAAUGACAAAUCCUUGACCCCUUGUCAAUGUUUGAGGGGGUUUGAGCCAAAUUCGCCGAGCGAUUGGGAACUGAAGGAUUACUCAGGUGGCUGCUAUCGAAAAACUAAAUUGCAGUGUGAUAGUAAUAAUACUACAGUGGACAGAUUUCUGGAAAUGGCAGACAUGUCAAUUCCUGAGAAUGAACACUCUGAAGAAGCCAGUAGUUUGGCUGAAUGCCAAUCAAGGUGUUUGAGCAACUGCUCUUGCUCUGGCUAUUCCUAUGGCAGUUUUGGUUGUGAAAUAUAUACGGGUGAACUCUUAAAUCUGGAGCAACUAGUAGCUGGAGACAGCAGACAAAGGACUCUCUAUAUUCGAUUAGCGGAUUCUGAGUUUCGAAUGCAUAAUCAAAGAUGGAAGCUCUAUGUUCUCUUGUUUGGGGUUAUAGCUAUAGCCAUGUUCAUCUCUUUCAUUGCUUGUUUCAUUUAUUUACGGAGAAGGAAAAGAGCAGCAAACAAACAAGAAUUAAGUAGCUUGAUAGAUUCAAACCAAUUCAAAGAAGAUGAAAAAGAAGGCAUACAUGCCCCAUUUGUUGCUUUGGCAAACAUACUAGCUGCUACAGAUAACUUUUCAGAAGCUAACAAACUUGGACAAGGAGGGUUUGGCCCUGUCUAUAAGGGUAAAUUUCCAGGGGGCCAAGAAAUUGCUAUUAAGAGGCUUUCCAGCGGUUCUGGACAAGGCUCGGAGGAAUUCAAGAAUGAGGUACUACUGAUUGCAAAACUCCAGCAUCGAAAUCUUGUUAGACUUCUGGGCUAUUGUAACGAAAGAAAUGAACAAUUACUGAUCUAUGAGUUUAUGCCCAACAAGAGCUUAGAUUCGUUCUUAUUUGAUGAAAACUUACGUGAGUUGGUGAAUUGGGAAAUUCGCUUUAAUAUUAUCAUGGGAAUUGCUCGAGGACUUCUUUACCUUCACCAUGAUUCAAGGUUAAGAAUUAUCCACAGAGACCUAAAGAUAAGUAAUAUUCUACUUGAUGAAGAAAUGAAUCCUAAAAUUUCUGACUUUGGCUUAGCAAGGAUUUUUGGAGGAAAACAAACUCAAGGAAUCACAAACAGAGUCGUUGGUACCUAUGGUUACAUGUCUCCAGAGUAUGCACUAGAAGGGUUAUUCUCAACUAAAUCGGAUGUUUAUAGUUUUGGGAUAGUCACAUUAGAAAUUAUUACUGGACAAAGAAGUUCAAAAUCUGAUCACUUAGAACAAAACGUGGGCCUUAUAGGCUAUGUGUGGGACAUGUGGAACGAAAGCAAAGUCUUUGAACUAAUAGACUCAACAAUAAGGGAGAACUUCAACGAAGAUGAGUUCAUGAGGUGUGUAAGAGUGGGACUAUUGUGCGUACAACAUAAUCCAAAUGAUCGUCCCACCAUGUCAAAUGUGAUCUUGAUGCUUGGUAGUGAAAUUGCAAAUCUUCCAAGUCCUCAACAACCAACAUUUGUUGUGAAAAGAUCUCUCUCUUGUACGCCUACUCAUUCACAUUCAUCAUCAUCAAAUAACUUGUUAACAGAUACCUUGUACCAAGGCCGGUAAAAUGUGAUGUUGUAAUUUCCCUACAGUGGUAUUAGAGCCAAGUUCUUGGCCGCAGAAGAAUCAAUUCACAAAGAGGAGAAUCAAUUAUAGGUUGCAAUUUAUUAGUGGGAUGUCAUUCUUUAAAUUUUAGCAUGUUAAUAAUAGGGUCAUACGUUUUUUAGUAUUAUUUUGAGGCAUAUUGCACUUAUAAUAGGGUUCAAAUUAGGAUUUUAUUUCAAAGAUUUUGUGAUUUCAAGGAUUGGUACAUAUAGGGUUCAAAUUAGCAUGUAAUGAUUUCAAAGAUUUUGUAAAUUUAUCACUUUUUUCAAGGUUUUUCCAUCU